AUGGAUCAACAAGGCGGCCAGUCCGGGGUGCCAGGCCCCGGUGGACGCAAGCUCCAUAUUGCUCACCGGAGAAGUCCCUCUGAGCUGACUCCUUUGAUGAUGGAACAAUUGGCCAUUCAACAACAGAUCGAGCUGCUUCAGCAGCAACAGCAGCAAAUUGCAGCUACACACCAACAAUACGUAAACAUGGGACUGUUGCAGCCUCAACAGCUGGGCCAGGUUAACGCUUUCCAACAGGGUGGCAACAUGGGUGGUGUGAACCCCCAGGUCAACGCCUUCCAAUUUCCGCAGCAACAGCAACAGGGACAACAACUGAAUGUUCCCAUGAACCAGCCCGCUCAACACUCGCACCGCCGUAACCAAUCCGCCCUUCCGGGUCUCCCUAUGGGCCCACCUCCUGCCCCGUCCUCCGGAGCUUCUGGUUAUGCCGACUUCCAGCAACAAGGACAGAACCAGAAGCCUGAGAAUAACAACCACGGCCGCGGUCGCGGAGGUCCCCCUGGCGGUGGCCACCAACGUCGUCACUCCCUUGCUCUGCCCGAAGCUAAGAAGGCGGCUGAGCUUGCUCAGCAAAAGAGAACUGCUUCUGGCUUCCAGUUCCCCGCUCCUUCCCCCGGUGGAGCCACAUCAGAGAACCAGGCCACACCAGACGAUAAUCCUGGCUCCAGCACCUCCCCAGCACCCCAAGGUCUUGGUAUGCAGCGAGCCGGAAACAUGCGAGCUAGCGGCCAUGGCCGGAGCCAGUCCAUGGCUAUCGGUGGCAACCGAGGUUCCAUCUCAGGCCGUGGUGCAGGUGGUUUCCAGUUCCCAGCACCCAGCGAUGGCGGCACCGCUGAUAACCAGCGCCGAGGCAGUCAGCCCGGCGGCCACGCUCGUUCGGGAUCCCGUAACUUUGAUGGCAACUGGCGCCAGCCCAACAACCAGAACCAGGGUCAAGACCAGCAGAAGUCCUUCGGCCAGCAGCAGCAACAGCAGCAGCAGCAACAAGGUGGUUUCCAGCCUGGUCACCGCUCGCGGGGCUCCGUGAACCAGUCGAUGGGAUCCAUCGGCCAGUUCCAAUACCCUGGCCAGCCCCAGCUUCUCCAGCUGCCACAGGGCAUGGUCAUGGCACCACCUAUGUUCGCCGGCAACCAGCAACUGAACCCGAUCCAACUUGCCCAGCUCCAGGCUAUUCAGCAACAGCAGCAAAACGGACAGGGCCUGGGCGGUCUUCAGGCUAGCCAGCACGCACCCCCUCAGCUGUCUGUUCAGCAGCAACAGCAGCAGCAGCAACAACAGCGCAAGACGCUUUUCACUCCUUAUCUGCCGCAGGCUAACCUGCCCGCACUCAUCAGCAAUGGCCAGCUUGUUGCCGGUGUUCUCCGUGUUAACAAGAAGAACCGCUCGGACGCCUACGUGACUAGUACGGACUUGGAUGCUGACAUUUUCAUUUGUGGCAGCAAGGACCGUAACCGUGCUCUGGAGGGUGAUUUUGUCGCCAUUGAGCUUCUGGAUGUUGAUGAGGUCUGCAAUGCCGGAAACGACAAGCUGGGUCGAUCCGACUCCAACAACGAGAAGCAAGAGAUUGGUCCGGAUGGAAGCAUCCGUCGUCGUGGCAGUCUGCGUCAGCGCCCUACCCAGAAGAAGAACGACGAUGUUGAAGUCGAAGGACAGAGUCUUCUCCUUGUUGAGGAGGACGAGAUCAGCGAUGAGCAAAAACCUCUCUAUGCAGGCCAUGUUGUUGCAGUUGUCGAGCGUAUUGCCGGCCAGAUGUUCUCUGGGACUCUGGGCCUGCUGCGUCCUAGCAGCCAGGCGACCAAGGAGAAGCAAGAAGCUGAGCGACAGGCCAGAGAUGGUGCCCACGGUCGCCACCAGGAUCGUCACCAAGACAAACCCAAGAUUGUCUGGUUCAAGCCCACCGACAAGCGUGUGCCCUUGAUCGCUAUUCCCACUGAGCAGGCUCCCCGCGACUUCGUUGAGAAGCACCAGGACUACGCCAACCGCAUUUUUGUUGCCUCCAUCAAGCGUUGGCCCAUCACAUCUCUUCACCCCUUCGGUACUCUCGUCGAGCAGCUCGGAGAAAUGGGUGACCUGCGGGUUGAAACUGAUGCCCUGCUCCGUGACAACAACUUUGGCUCCGACGACUUCUCCGACGCCGUCAUCAAGAGCAUUGGCUGGGAAGAUUGGACUGUUGCCAACGAGGGCGAAGCCCUGGCAUCCCGGCGUGAUUUCCGUGAAGAGACCACCUUCACCAUCGACCCAGAGAACACCAAGUCCCUUGAAGAUGCCUUCCACGUCAAGAAGCUUGCUGAUGGCAAGGUUGAAAUUGGUGUCCACGUUUCUGACAUCGCCCACUUCGUCAAGGGUAACUCUCUUGUGGACCGCGAGGCCAAGAAGCGAGGCACUGCAGUGUACCUGGUGGACCGUGUUAUGAACAUGCUCCCUCCCCGUGUCUCCAAUGAGCUUUGCUCUCUUGUUCCCGGCGAGGAUCGCCUGACAGUCAGUGUGGUCUUCCAAGCCAACCUUGAAACCGGCGCCAUUGAUGACGACGUCUGGAUCGGCAAGGGUAUUGUUAAGAGUGCAGGCCGUCUCAGCUACGAGGCUGCCAACUCGGUCAUCACUGGCAAGUCUAGCAUGACCGGUACUGAUGUAUCUCCCGAGAACAUUCAACUCCUGAGCACUGUUGCGAACAAGUUCCGGGAUUCCCGUUUCGGAAACCGUGUCGCAGACGUUCCUCUACUGCGUCUGAUCCAGCAGCUUGACGAUGAGAACGUGCCUGUUGAAUUUAACAUUUUCGACUCCAGCCCGGCCCAUGAACUGGUCGAGGAGCUGAGUCGCCAGGCCAACUACUUUGUCGCGCGUAAGCUAUCCGACGCCCUGCCCGACAAGGCCUUCCUGCGCCGCCAGCCGUCCCCCAACUCUCGUCGCCUCACUUUGUUUGUUGAGAGAAUGAACCGCCUCGGAUACAAAUUUGACUCUUCUAGCAGUGGAAGCCUGCAGAGCGCUUUGUGCAAUGUCUCCGAUGUGGACAUCCGUAAGGGAAUGGAAACACUCCUUACCAAGGCCAUGCAACGUGCCAAGUACUUCGUUGGAUCCGGCCCUGCCGAUGAGCAGCGUCAGCACUACACCUUCAACGUGCCCGUUUACACUCACUUUACCAACCCAUCUCGUCGCUAUGCCGAUGUUCUCGUGCACCGUCAGCUUGAGGCUGUCCUGUCAGAGGGCGCCAUUGAGUUCACUGAUGAUAUAGAGUCACUGAACAAGACUGCCGAUCUGUGCAACAACAAGAAGGACUCGGCUCACAACGCGCAGGAGCAGAGCGUUCACAUCGAAGCUUGCCGCAACAUGGACAAGAAAGUUCGUGAGAUCGGCGGUGACCUUAUCAGCGAGGGUAUUGUUCUUUGUGUCUACGAGUCUGCCUUUGAUGUUCUGAUCCCCGAGUAUGGCUUCGAGAAGCGAGUGCAUUGUGAUCAGUUGCCUCUCAAGAAGGCCGAGUUCCGCAAGGACUCGCGCGUGCUCGAACUCUACUGGGAGAAGGGUGUUCCUUCUUCUGCUUACAUUCCCGAGGAUGAGCGCCCCAAGCCUGCUAACUCUCGCGCUGCUCAAGCGGCUGCUGCGGCACGUGAGGCGGAGGCUGCCAAGGAGCGUGCCCGUGAGCGCGACGAGGCCAUGCGUAAGCAGACGGAGACUGGUACCAUGUCUGCGGACGAUGUUGAUGCUCUCUUCGAUGACGACGAAGAGGAUGUCGACGAGGUGACUGAACAAGUUGCUGGUGUCUCUCUGAGCUCGACUGACCGGUCGACCCAGAGCAUGCCUCCGUCGCCUACUCGCAACGGCCACCACCAGCAGGGACCUCACCGCACUCGCUCCGAUCCUAAGAUCGCUUCGAGCACCAGCGAUGCUCCUGAGAACAAGCUCACCAACAAGGAGAAAUAUCUGAAGCUGUUCAAGCUGAGAGAGGAGGACGGAGAGUUCAUCCAGGACGUCACUGAGAUGACUCGCGUUCCCAUCAUCCUGAAGACUGACCUGAGCAAGAGCCCGCCAUGCCUUACUGUUCGGUCUGUCAACCCUUACGCCCUGUAA